CGCACAUUACAGACAACACAAGAGAUUGAUACCAACAUUUAAUAGCUAUAUCUUAUUGUGAUAGAAACAAUAAUAUUUUUUUAUUGUAUUAUUAUUAAUGAGUGAUAAACUCGUUUAAUUUAUGUUAAAUUAUUUAUAAAAUUAAAUUUAGUAUUGUUAUAUAAAUAGAAGAAAGGUAAAGGUUAAGAUGAUUAAAUUAUUUUCGUUGAAACAAGCCAAGAAAGAUGGCGAAUCACCAAAACCAGGUAGUCAAAAGAAAGCAUCGGCUGCGCAAUUGAGGAUCACAAAAGACAUAAACGAACUGAAUUUACCCAAAACAUGUGGGACGGAAUUUCCUGACCCUGAUGAUUUGUUAAAUUUUAAAUUAAUUAUUUGUCCAGAUGAGGGAUUUUAUCGAGGUGGCAAAUUCACAUUUAGUUUUAAGGUUGGACCAAACUAUCCCCAUGAACCACCAAAGGUUAAAUGUGAAACGCAAGUUUAUCAUCCAAACAUUGAUCUCGAGGGAAAUGUUUGUUUAAAUAUUUUAAGAGAAGAUUGGAAACCAGUGCUCACUAUUAACUCUAUUGUUUAUGGUCUCCAGUAUCUAUUUUUGGAACCCAAUCCCGAAGAUCCAUUGAAUAAAGAUGCAGCUGAAGUUUUACAAACAAACCGACGAGCCUUUGAACAAAAUGUAACAAAAGCCAUGAGAGGUGGGUACGUGGGAUCAUUUUAUUUUGAACGAUGUCUCAAGUGAUACAUUCUUUUUCCAAGUUUAUGAAUAUAUUUAUCACGCAAUCUCACUGAAAGUUGCUACUAGAAAAUAAUGAAAUAACGGUGGAUUAAUAAUAAUGGACGCCCACGUAACAAAGAUUUUAUUUUAAUUUACUUGUUACUUGUGCGCCCUUAAUGAGAACAAUUAUUAAUUUAAAAAAAAAAAAAAAUAAAUAAUAAGUAACAAUAAAGGUAACCACGUUUGUAAAAUAAAAUUGCGAUUCUUUAUGACAUUUUAGUCCAUUACUCUAGACUGCUUUUGUCAAAUUAAAAUAAAAUCCUACUUAUAAAUAUAUAAAUAUAUUUACCAAUAUUUAAUAAACAAUUAAUUUAAUUAUAAGUGAGUCUUGUGACUACUGAAUGUCAAUGUCCGCGAUAACAUCUUAGACAUAAUCGUAAUUGUCGUAUAAUUGCUGGGACAAUUUAAAUAAAUAAUUAAUUAAUUACUUUAUAAGCACUUUCAUCCGAUUUUUUAAACUCGAUUUAUUUUUUAUUAUUAUUAUUAUAAUUAUAAUUACUUUUACUGAUAUUUAAAAAUAAUAAGUCGUGGAGAUUUAUGUAUAAAGAAAUAUUGAGAAUGAUGAUAAUUAAUAAAAUAAUAAUGAUAAUAAAUUUAAAAAACAAGUGA